UUUCAUGGCGGCCAUGAUGCCUGUGCCAGAGAGUAACAAUCAUCUUGAUGAAGGCCAAGAUAAUAGAAAGAAAUAUAAAACACUCAAGAGAAAAUUAAAGUUUUUGCUUUAUGAGCAAGAAUACUUUCAAGAAAAUUUACAAAGAGUUCAGAAAAAACUGUUAAGAGUUUCAAGAGACAAAAGUUUUCUUCUUGAUCGACUUCUUCAAUAUGAGCAAGUGGACCCAUCUUCUUCAGAUGAGGAUGGUACAGCCUCUUCAUCAGAAGCAAGUGAUGAAGGAUCUAAGAUUAUGAUAACCAAUUCACCCAGCCAAAGUAACAAAAUCAAGAAAAGUCAGUUACCCAAUCAUGGCAUGACAGCAGAUAACCUAAACCAAUAUUUAUUUGCUGGCACCAAUGUUAAAAAGGAAGGAGCUAAUAAAGUGUCAACAGGAGGUCAUGUAUCUUCAAAGCUAGUUCCUUGUAAAUUUAUGAGUAAUGGUAAACAGUGCCAGGAAUUGGUCAGUAAGAGAUCCAAAUCUGGUUAUUGUGGUGCUCAUAGGACAGUGGUCAGGUUAACUAAACGAGGAAUGACAGGAACGGUGAAGAGGAGUAGAACAGCUUCUGGUGAUUCCAGCAAAGGUGAUACUUCCGUUGACAAGGCUGAACACCUUGAAAGUCUUCAUCGCUUGUCAGAAUCUAGUACAGCAAGCCAAGUACCACAAGCUACAGAACAAUUACCACAUGAUGUAUUCAAUAUGGAAGAUGAUGAACCAGAAAGUGAAAAUGAAGACUCCACAGGCUCAGCCAGUUUUCAAGGCAAUAUUUAUGAAGGAGACGAUGAUUUAGUUAUUGAUAUACCAGAAUAAAUGAAAUCCAACUGUUGAAGUGUCUCAACUUGUACAUACACCAAUUUUAAUCUAAACAAGAAUCUUUUCCUGUGUCACUAAAGAAAGAACUGAAAGCAUUGUAAAGUUAAGAAUUCAAUGUAAAGAUGCUGAAAAUGCUGACUUUAAAAGCACAAUUCAGAAUAAAGAUAUUAUGAAUAUGUUACAACAGUGCAAA